GCUCUUGAAUACAGGAGUGGCAAUGUGGAACGAUUCGUGAAUGUCGCCCUUUACUCUCUUCGUAUUAAUUAUUUUAAGGUUUUAUACAUAUGUAUAUUUUAAUUUUAAGUUUCUCGACGGCCUAGGACGUUGUCGUUUCAGAAUAGGUUAUUUCGUGCAGCUGAGAAAUGUUGUCUGUUCAUCAUCUUUGGAAAUCUUACAAGCUUCGGAUUCUAUAUUGAUCCACAACUUUAUUCUUUAGGAUACUUUCUUUUUCAUGGAAAGACGGAGGAUAAUAUCACACACAUUUCAAAAAUGGAUUUGAUUUCAAGCAUAAAAUGUAAAAUAGUGGUCGUUGGGGACAGUGAAUGUGGUAAAACCGCUCUACUAAAUGUGUUCGCAAAAGAUUCCUUUCCAGAGGGCUACAUUCCCACCGUUUUUGAGAACUACACAGCCAGUUUUGAAAUCGAUACGCAGAGAGUUGAACUCCGUCUGUGGGACACUUCAGGAUCUGCGUACUAUGACAAUGUGCGACCUCUCUCCUACCCGGACGCUGAUGCCGUCCUCAUCUGCUUUGACAUCAGUAGACCAGAUACUCUGGAUAGUGUAUUGAAAAAGUGGAAAGGAGAGAUUCAGGAGUUCUGUCCCAACACAAAGAUGCUGCUGGUGGGAUGCAAGUCAGACCUACGCACAGAGCUCUUCACCAAAUCUCACAGUGGACAAACACCGGUGUCCUACGAUCAGGGCUCCAACAUGGCCAAGCAGAUCAGUGCUCCCUACAUUGAGUGUUCGUCCCUGCAGUCGGAGAACAGUGUCAGAGACAUCUUCCAUGUGGCCACGCUGGCCUGCGUCAACAAGAGCAACAAGAACGUCAAACGAAACAAGUCCUCCAGGACUACCAAGAGGAUCUCCCACAGCAGACCAGAUCAGCCAGCGGUGGUGUCAGACUUCCAGAAGACCAAAGCCAAGACCUGUGCUGUUAUGUGACUUCUUGGGCUACAAUAAUAAAAAAUAAAAAAUAACAGAGACUGAAAGACAGUAUUGCUGGACAUGACAAACAUAGGAUAUUUUUAGAGAACUGCAACGAGCUUUAUGCACUAUUAGAAGAUAAAGGAUAUCCCUGACGAAUUGAAGGAGAGACAGCGUUUUCAUAAUGGCAGUACCCAUGCAAUGGUAUUUUAUAAAAUAUGUUAAAUCAAGUGUAUCACCAAGGAGUAUAUUGAACAUCCAGUAAUUUCUUAAGUUCACCUGGAGUUACCUGGGAUUUAUCAGUCAGGACUGUCGGAUGUUAACGACCCCCUCCUAACCAGAGACAAUGGAUCUUGGACUAUGGUGUUCCGUGGAUAUUCCAUGGUGAAUGAAGGCAGGGUUGAAGAAUCCUGAUGACUGAAAAGCUUUAUUUUCAGUGUUACAUGAAAACAAGUGUUAUAAGUGCCACUGUCAUGAAUAGCGAGUGAACGUUAUGAGAGAAAUGUGUACCGAAAUGUACUGACAAGAAGGAUGACAGCCCAGGGUACUGUUCCCUUCUCUAAAAUCUCUGCUGUUGAAGAGGGACUCCUGCAUGUCACAUGGCGUCUCCUCCUGGCUACUGUUCCUUACUUAACCUUUACAUUUUACCAUACACAUCGGUUAAGAUAGAUCAUUUUCAUUCUGAGACGCCAAAAUUGUCAAUUUCAGGAAUCUCCGUUUCCCAUGUUAAAUGUACUGUAGUCACGCUGUGAUGAAUGUUAUGCCUAUAAAUAAGCCAUCAUUGAUGCCUCAA